UCAACGAUAACGCCGCCCACCGCAAACACACGGCCGGCCGAUGCCUCCACCGGGAGCCAUGGCGGCGGCGGCGGCGCUGCUGCCCUCCUCCUCCUCAUCGCCGCUGCUCCGCCUCCCACGCCGCUUCCUCUCGCUCACGGCGACUCCCUACCCGCUCUAUUACGACCUCAUCGUCCACCGCCCCGCCGACCCCAAGCCCCCCAAGUCCUCUUCCGACGCCGGCGCCGACCGCCAGCCGCAGCCACCCCCCGAAGGGCAGCCGCUCGACCGCGCCAAGCGCCGGUACCUCCGCAAGCGCCGCAGCCGCCUCCUCCCGGACCCGGACGCCGCCGCCAAGCCCUCCGCGUCCUCCUCGUCGGAGUUCGUGGAGCUCCGGCCGGAGGUGGUGGACUUCCCGCGACUGCACGCGCGCGAGGAGGCGCUCUACUUCCACGACACCUUCGCCAUGCCGUGGGAGAAGGACAAGCACUACCGCAUGCUCUACCGCCUCGAGAAGAAGUACUUCCCCCACCAGUCGCUGGACAACGCAUUCGUCCCCGCCGACGCCGGGCCGCCGUCCGACGCCUCCAGGGGCCUCGUCUUCUUCGACGAUGAGAAGAAGGAAGAUGACGGAGAGGACCGGGUGGCCAAUAAGAAGGACGGCGACAACGACAAAGGGGAGGUGCUGGAGAGGAAGGUGGAAGACUUCUUCAGGUCUCUGAGGAAGCCCCCCGGCGAAGCCAGCACAAAGGCCAAGAGACCGGCGGCAGCCGGAGCGGAACCGCGGCAGUUUAAGCGUGAGGUGCCAAGGGAGGAGGAGCGCCCACAACCGUAUCUCGUGACCAGGACGACGGACCUGCCGCCGAGGUGGGACGGACCGGCUGGGACCGUCGUGCUCAUUGACAAGCCCAAAGGAUGGACUUCAUUUACUGUUUGUGGAAAGUUGAGGCGCUUAGUGAAAGUGCAAAAGGUUGGACAUGCUGGUACUCUGGACCCCAUGGCAACUGGAUUGUUAAUUGUUUGUGUAGGAAAAGCAACCAAAAUAGUCGAUAGCUACCAAGGAAUGGUUAAAGGCUAUAGCGGUAUUUUCCGACUUGGAGAAGCCACAUCAACCUGGGAUGCAGAUUCACCAGUUAUCCAGAGGGAACCGUGGGAACACAUCAAAGAUGAAGACAUUAGAAAGGCAGCAGCAUCAUUCAAGGGUGAGAUAUGGCAAGUUCCCCCGAUGUUUUCUGCCAUUAAGGUUGGUGGUGAAAAGAUGUAUGACAAAGCAAGGAGGGGUGAAACAGUAGAGCUUUCACCAAGACGCAUAUCAAUAUACCAGUUUGACAUUGAGCGCAGUUUGGAAGACAGACAGAAUUUGAUAUUUCGGGUUACUUGCUCAAAAGGGACAUAUAUUCGGUCCCUGUGUGCAGACUUGGGGAAAGCACUCAGAAGCUGUGCUCAUUUAACUGCCUUGCGGAGAGACUCGAUAGGCGAAUACUCAGUCAAUGAUGCUUCGAACUUUGAUGAGCUUGAAGAACAAAUUACCAAGGCAUAUUUAUGAGCACAAAUCAUGCCUUCUGGAAGAUGCCAGUGAGCUAGGUUACAUGCAGAUUACAACCAUUUCCCAUGGCACCACUAGAAAUUAAGUCAACAGUGAAGUGGUACCUUGAGUAGAUGUUUGUGUUGAAUCCUGAAACGGGUGGGCAGCCAUUCAUUCCCAAGGCUGUCAGCGCGGAUUGAGUGGAGCUGAAGAAUUGUGCGCUCGCUCAGUUCAUCGGCAUAGAUGAGGAACGCGAAAUUAGUCGCAGAUACAUAAGCUAGCUUGCAUUUAUCUGAAUUGUUGAUUUUCUGAACCGAACCUCCCAAUUCACAAUUGAGGGGGACACCAGAGUCUUAUCUAUGAGCUGACUAUCCAGAGGAUGGAUAGAAACAGUUUUUUUUCCUUAUCUUUUUUGGAAGCGAAGGAAACAGACAGUUUUGUUGACUUGUUGAUGUUUCUUGUCUCAACUUUCGACAAAAAGGUUGAGCGAUAUGUCUUAUAAAGGACUGGAUGAUUUGAUCGUGUAUACUUUUUCAUGAAAAGGUUGUGUAGUAUGUAUUA